UUUUAAUAUUGGGUUUAUUACAACAUCUAUUACAUUAUAUAUACAAUAUGGCAUCCGGCUAUUUUGGUGAUACCUCGGGUGCGUCACGACCAAGUGACUUUCUAAAUUUUGAGGCACCUACGUAUAACCAGUUUGGUGCUGACUCUAAUGCCGAUGGCAAAUCGCAGGGAUUUUCUUAUUCAUCUACUGGUAUUGGUGCUGGCGAUCAAGCACGCUCAGUGUUACCCCCCUCGGUAGCGUCGCCCGGUGCUUUUGGUCGUACGAAGGAGGAUAAUUACCUACUCAAGGGAAUAGAAUUUGUAAGGAACAGUGCUGCUAACAUCCAAAAGGGCUUUGGAGAUUCAACAAGGAGUAACAGUAUACUCGACAAUGGUGCCGCUACAUUGGGUGCGGACACAUCCCGUUCUUCUUUCUCAGCGAUUAUGAAUGUUGGACGAUCUGCAAUUGGAUUGUCUACGGAACAAAAUCAACAGAAUUCAUGGAUGACCUACACCAACUAUAAAGCUUGUGUUGUACUAUUUAUCACUAGCAUAGUAUUCUUCGCGCUGGCUUUCAUGACGCUGCCAUUUGUUAUUUUUGCGCCGCACAAGUUUGGAUUGUUAUUCACCUGCGCCACUAUUUCGUUCCUUGGUUCACUCGCUUUAUUCAAAGGACUAUCGGCGUUAAUGGAACACAUGUUGGAUGGGAAACGUGUUGUUUUCACAGCAGCAUUGGGUGUCUCAAUGGCAUCAACAUUAUUUUUCACUACGUGCUACCCUAUUUACAUUUUAGCAAUUAUAUCAUCCCUAGUGCAGACACUGACACUAGCAUCGGUUAUUGUAUCAUAUAUUCCAGGUGGUGCUGGAGCUCUCAAAUUGAUGUACGCCUCCAUUUGGGAGUUUGUAAAAAACCGUGGAAAUGCUUCUACCACGUUACCUAUUUGAUCACAAAGAAAACUACUUUUGAAUUUUAUUAGUCACAGC